GGUCGAACCCAAGGUAAACUCCCAUAAAGCGUUAAAAUUAAAGAUACUUUUUCUGCCCAGCAAUCUGGACUUUAUACCAAGUAGUCCUGUAUACCGUGUAAUAUGAAUAGUGCUUGUUUUCGUAACCAUACAUACAAUAUUUUAUUGCUGGUUUUGGUGGUAAAUUUGCAUUGUUAACGGCCGCGGCCAGACGUGCCCCGCUUCUUUAACACACACGUCUCUCAAACGAAUACCGAUCAUCAAGUGUUUCCCCUAUUGACUCUCGUAUAUAGCCACAUGUAAAAACCAAUAAAUAGCGAUACUGAUACCGAAAGCAACUAAACCGAAAGUGUAUACUAAAUACAUGCCCGUGUGUACCACAUAAGACUGCCAUCUGCCCCUUGCGUUGCCGUGCCGUGCCGUUGACACUUUUGUAUCUGGCCGUAUCCAUAUCUGUAUCUCAAACUCACUGACCAACUACCGCAAGCGCAAAUGCAAAUGUAAUCUGCAAACUGCAAUAUGCAAAAUGCAAACUGCACACCUGAAUCUCAGCGCAAGUCUUAAACGUUUAAUCCUCGAACUGCCUACAAUACCAACCAACCUAUCAGCCAUCCUGUGCCAAUCAACCAACCAACCUAUCAACGGUCUACCGCCACUGGCAAACCAAACGGCUUUAGUUUCUGUGUGAUUACGAGAAAAGCCCUGAGAAAGCUCUCGCCCAGUCGAAAGUCGAAUAAGAACAGCAGCAGCAACAACAACAACAGUGCGGCAGCAGCAUCUGCAGCAUUAUGCUGAACUCGAAUGCCACUGGCGGCAACAACAACAACGGCAACAAUCAUGGGGGCAGCAGCCGUCGGCCCUUUUCCCGCAAUUCCUCAUCGGUCCGCUCGCAACGCGGCGGUGGGGGCGGUUUGGGCGGGCGCAUGGUCUACUCGCCACACCCACAUACGCACCCGCACGCCCAGCAGCAACAACAACAGCAGCAGCAACAGGGACAGCAGCGUUCCGGCAACAGCAACAACAACAACCAUAACCUGUGGCUGGGCAACAGUCCAUGGUGCAACGUCAAUUUGAACGGUGGCAACGGCAACAACAGCAACAAUAACAACACCAACGGUGGCAACAUCAACAACAACAAUAAUAACAACAACAACGGUGGCAACAUCAACAACAACAACAGCAACAAUGUCAAUAACAAAGAUGCAAACCCAAAUUGCGAUGUACAAACAAGUAAUUCUAGCGGAACUUGUAUUUAUAACAAUAGCAAAACGCAUCAUCAUCACAACAACAGCAACAACAAUGGUCACACUCAGAGCCACAGUCACACUAAUCAUUCCCCCCACCAAGGUCACCAUCACCCCCAACACGCCCACCACCCCCAAAUGCACUCACCCCAGCACCCGCAUUCGAGUUCACCACAGCAGUUAAACAAUUACCGCCAAUACCCACCGCAUUCCUACUCCCAAAACUCCCCACACAGCAAUGGUCAUACAAACAGCAAUGCUAGCAACAAUCCCAGUAGUCAGCGUAGUAAUCCCCAAGUCCAUCCUAACCAGAAUCAGAAUUCCCAUUCCAAUUUCUACGAUAUGUGUAUGGGAAGUAGGGGAUCCCACACCUAUGGAUCCAUGUCCGUUUCCCUGGUCAGACUGAAUCCCGCCCGUUUGUGCCUAACGCUUGGUCCUGCCACACCCCCAGCCCAGCGAGUAGCGUCCUUCGGCCAUAGAUCCUAUUCCAAUUCCAGUUCCAAUUCCAACUCUAGUUUUAAUUCCAAUUCCAACUCCAGUACUAGUGAUCAGAAUCAGCAUAACCCACCGCCACGUAGUCAGAACCAUCAUCCCAAUCCACAUCAUAGUCAGUACCAGUUCCAGAACCAGUACCAGUACCAAUACCGAUACCAGUACCAUCCGCCACACCAGUACCAUCCAUUGCAUAGCCCACAGCAACAGACUAAUCGCCAAUCCCUCCCGCUAACACGAACGAAUUCAAAUUCAAUCAACGCAACAACUUUCAAUUCAACCAAUCCAACAACAAAUAGUAAUCCUACUGAUGUUGUGAAUGUAAAUUCUUGUACCGAUAUAAUUCCUCAUGGGUCUUCGUCAUCGUUGUCGUCUUCGUCUGCGUCUUCGAUGCCGCCCCAACAACAACAACAUCAAAUUAAUAACGCAUCCGCACCCAUCAAUAGCCACAGCCAGGGUCAAGGGCCCGGGAACUCGCCCAAUCUUGGCCAUAAUCACCAACGUGGCUACAACAACAACAACAACAACGGUAAUAACAACAACAACAACCGGGGUAUCGGGAAUGGAAUCGUGAAUGGAAAUGCGAAUGGACCACCCGACUAUAUGAACUACCGACGUGGCGUGUGUCCGGCUCUAUUACGGGACUACUCCGGCAACGGGAAUGGUAAUAACAACGGACAUGGCCACAAUGGACGUCGCUAUAUGUCCGAUCACUUGAACAACCCGUCCUCAUCCAUGAACGGCCUCAUCAAUUCCGGACACCACCAGCGCAACUACAACGACAGGAACUUGAAUAACCACUUUGGGAACUCUGACCAGAACGGAGGACCCGACCAUCGGGAUCGCGCUGAGGGCUCUUCGUAUAACUUUAUGCGCAACGGAGGAGGUAGCGGGGGCGGGGGCUACGGACGCAAUGGAUCCCACUACCAGCACAUGGCCUAUGGCAACAACAACGGUGCGUCCACCUCGACCGGCGGACCAGGACUUAUGGGUGAACUGCCCUCGGGUUCGGGCCUGUCGGGCUCUUCGCUGUCGCUGAACAACGGACCGGGAGGCCUCAACUCGGACAGUCCGUCGCGGAAGCGUCGCCGCAUCUCCGGAAGACCCCAGAACGGACCACAGCCCCAACACCGUUGUCUAAUGGCACACAUGCAGCAGGGAAGUCCGCCGCUGCGACGCCCGCGAUUGCGCGAUGUGGCCACUUCCACGCAGCAGCAGCAACAGCAGUACGGCCAGCAGGUUCAUCAUCCUCAGCAGCAGCAACAGCAGCCGCCAUCCAACUACCAUCCGAUGCACCACCAUCAGCCACAGCCCCACUACGUUCCUCAGCAGCAGGUGCCACCGCCGCACGUCCAGCGUUCUCCGUGGGAUUUGGGCGGCAGUGGUGGUAGCUCUGGUGGAGCCACCUCCAGCAGCUCGGUGGGUCCCAUUCUGCAGCAGGUGCAGGCGCCGCCGCAGCCACCGAGUCACCAGCAAACGGUGGGCUAUCCACCAGCACCGCCACAGCCCGCCUCCCUGAUGGUGGACCUCAAUCUGAACCAGGUGCCCGUGAGCCUGCAGUUGCGUCCCUCGGAGCCCUUCUGGGCCUCCUUCUGCACGUACCCGAUACCGGCGCAGGCUAGACUGGCACCCUGCCACCUGCACGGUGUUUACACGCAGCCCUUCCCCGCCGCCCCACCACCCGGACUGGCCGCUCCUCCACUCCAACAGCAACAUCAACCACUUAUUCAAGCCCAGCAAAUGAUUGCCCAGGCCACGCUGAGCGCCCAGCAGCAGCAGCGGGAUGUGGUGGCCAUUGCAACGGCCAAUCUGGGACCCAUUGAAGCUCCGGGAGCCCAUGGCCAUCCGCACGCCCAUCCACAUGCUCAUCCGCAUGCUCACCAGCUGCCGCCGGGCAUCCACAUCACUCCGUUAAGCGGUGCGGCGGCAGCAGCCGCCACCCAUCAUCUACAUUCCACGGCGGCAGCUGCAGCGGCCGUCGCUGCCCAGGCCAGCGCCCAGAUGUCCGCCGGGCCGCAGCAGAUCAUCAUCUCGUCGGACCGCCGCACAUUCCCGCCCCACCGCCGCAUACCGCGUUUCUGGGCGGCGAACCAUGGACAUCGUCACGUCCUGCCGCCUCAGUCGCUCGCCGCCCACCAAGCUCCUGUGCAGAUCCAGGCCACCUCGGGCAUCAUCAACCCCGGCUUCUUGCUCAAUUUCCUAGCCAUGUUCCCGCUGUCGCCUUACAACCAACAUGAUCUGAGCUCUGGCGACACCAAUGAGACGGAGAACUACGAGGCGCUGCUCAGCCUGGCCGAGCGAUUGGGCGAGGCCAAACCGAGGGGACUCACCCGCAAUGAGAUCGAUCAGUUGCCCAGCUACAAGUUCAAUCCGGAGGUGCACAACGGCGAUCAAUCAUCCUGUGUGGUGUGCAUGUGCGACUUUGAGCUACGCCAGCUACUGCGCGUCCUGCCCUGCUCCCACGAAUUUCACGCCAAGUGCGUGGACAAAUGGCUGCGGUCGAAUCGCACCUGCCCAAUCUGCCGUGGCAAUGCCUCCGACUACUUCGACGGCGCCGACCAGCAGCAACAGGCGCAGGCAACGGCCGGAGCUGCGGCUGCUUUGAGCAGCACGUCGGGCGGAAGUGCCGGAGUGGCGGGAACGUCAGCGGCAGCGGCGGCCACCGCCAAUCCCCAGCAGAGCCAGGCGGCCUAGACCCGAAACCCUAUUCCACACACCUCCAGCUUUGGCUUUUCCGGGCGAUGAGUGGUCGAGGCGGCGGAGCUUGCCGGGUUUGGAGGGCUGCUCAGCGGCGGGGGAGCCACCUCCCACCACCGCCAUCACUUGAUGUAACGCGCAACGAAUCCAACUGCCAAACCGUCGACGCUUCCUCCUCAGCUGUAAGCCCCCGCCCAACUGGCCACGAGUAAUGGAUCCACCCGCUCCGCUCCUCGGCCACGCCCACGCGAAGCUCGCCGCCUCUUCAAUAGCUUGUCUUAGACAUUAGUUUGUAUGUGAGUAAUGGUAACCGUAAUUAGGAGUAACCCAUAUAUGCGUACCACCAAGAAUUCAACUAUAGUUAAACAGCGUAUAUAUAUACGAAUAUAUAAUUGUGUGUAUGAAGAACGAUAAUGGCCGUAAAGCAAGUGUCUGUAUAUAAGCCAAGAUUUGCACAAAAUUCAUAUAAAGAAUUUCUUUGCCUUUAAAACUCGAGGAUAUAUCCUAUAAUCCAUUCAAAUAACUAUAUGCGAACAAACAUAGUGUAUUCAAAUGCUUGGAAGCGAUCACUCAAAACCCAGAUGGUUAUGGGGCAUUCAGGAAUUAUAAAUCCCCAGGGGCUUUUCGGGAACUUUUGAGGUAUCGGUGCCAAAUCGAAAUGGUUUAUCUUGAAUUGUUGCUGUCCACACGCAUAGCCAUGAAUAACUCUAUAUUAUUAUAGAAUACACAUUUAAGCAAAGCGAAAUAUUUGUAACUUGGACUUGUGUUUUCACGCUUUUGAGUUAGGCUUGCGUAUUUACUGCUUCCUCUACGUAUUUUGUAUUUACUACCAUUACUUUUAGUUUUUAAUAACAACGUACUAUAUUUACCCUUAUACGACUUACAUAGAAAACCAGCAUAAAUAUAGUGCAUUGCAUUUUAUACUAAUUGUACGAACUGAACCCACUGAAGAAGUUCUUCUUCUUGCACUAGCAAAAAACAAAAACAUGAAAACAAACAAAAACAAUGAUAAUGAUAUCCUAUGAGGGGAAAAGAAGAUCGUAUAUAUAUUUUGUUCGUUUCUACUGUUUGAAAAUUAGUAACUAUAAACGGAAGCAACUAACCUUGAAACAUAUAAGCAAUCUUUAAAAUCGACUAAACCAGAUGAACGGAGGACGAAAAGCGUUUCAACAAAUAUACUAUAUAUAGAUGCAUAUACACACACACACACACACACAUAGAAACACACACUUACAGGAGGGAAAUCAACCAAUUAAGAAUUUAGCAUACAGGCAUAGAAACAAACAUACAUAUGUAUAUUGGUGGGCUUAUUAAUGUAUUCGUAGUAGAUGUGUGCGUAAUUAAACAUAUUGCAAUCGCUAUGAGAACUCAAUCGUAACACGUAUCGUAAUAUCGUAACCAGACUUUUCCAGGGCCAGCGUGCGUGGGUGGUGACCUCAGCCGCCCACCGACCAGUCCAUCCACUUCCGUAGUAUUUUUGCCUUUUGAACUGUAACGUCUGUAGCUCUAAACACUCUAAAGCAUUAACAAACACACACUCACACUCACACACACACACCUUAACCUCCUUGAAUGUGACUUGUCUAUUAAAAUUGCAUCAGAUGCGAGCAUUACGAGUAUCAUAUAUACACACAUAGAGAUUUUCCCUCUGAUAUACGCGAUUUAAGCGAUUUAAGCGAACUACGUGCACUAGCCUUUGAAGCCGGAGAAGGACAGCAAAAGCAAAACAUUUUUACCAAUAUACAUGUACAAGUACAAGUACGAGUACCAUACAAUAAUUAUCUAUAUCUAUCUAUCGAUCGGUAUACACAAUUAACCAAUUAACGUGGAACUAAACCAAACGAGAAAUGAGAAGAACAAGUAAAUUGAAAUGAUUCCUGCCCUCCAUUCGUAUUAAAAACCAUUGAAACUAACUCAACAACUUUUUAUAGCAUAUAUAUACUAUGGAUAGCAUUGAUUUUUUGUGAGAAUGGAUAUACAUAACAUUAGUUUAGCCCCAUCGGGAUGGCCAUAAGCCGCAUCUAUUGGCUCAUCCGUUGCUUAUAGCGAGAGUUUGCAGCACUAUUCCUACCCAAAGCCGACCUGUCCUAGCUCCCCCGUUCUCAAAUCCUUAAUAAAGCUAUGCAUUACUGAAAUCUUGAUACCUAGUAUAUGUGUAAAACGUGUGUGUAUUUAUUAUACCCGGUAUUCGAAAAGGAUCUAAUAACGUCAUGUCCGUUGUUUGUCCGUUUUAGAAUAUGGAAAAUAUAAUUAUCUUGUACUUUUUUGGUAAUACUUUCAUCUCUAAAAAACAGCAAUAGUAGAUCGUCUUCACUGUUCUGAGAAAAAGUUGGUUAGUCCUGAGAGUGAUCCAUCAAGCGCCCUACAGUAGGCACUUAAUUUUCGGCAUGAUAAUGAGUACCGGGUAUCAAGUAAUCGGAUCACCCGAUUUUAGCGUUCUUUCUUGUUUUUAAUAUAUAUGAAUGGUAUUUCCAAAAGACCAUUGUAAAGGUGUUGUGCUUUUCUAGAAUUUUAUUAGUAGGAACAUCAACUGAAUGAUAAACGAAAACCCAAAUAAAGUUUAUUUUUUGUCACAAUAACAGAACGUUAUGAUAAAAGCAAAUAACUAUAUAUAGAAUAUAUUAUAUACAUGAAUUGAAUACCUUUUAUACGUGCACUGACAUAAUUACUUACGAGUAUGAGUAUAUGUAAAAAAAUUCAAUCAACCAAGCUAAGCGGAAAAGAAACAUUAAUCAAUCUUAUUAUUUUUAUCCAGUUUCGAUACUUUCACGCUAUUCAGUUCGUUUUAUAGCCUCCGUCUAUCCUGAACUAACGCACUAAUACUACGUGUUUCCAUUGAAUAGUUUUUUUCCAACUCUCUUCGGGUUUUUUAUUUUCCAGACUAUUAACAAAAAUCAAAAGCUUAUCAUAAAAAUAUAUUUAUAGUAACAAAACAAAAUAAACAAAAAAAAAAAACCAAGAAAAACA